UGCCCCUUUUCUCGCCCUGUUCUUAGGUUCCAUUUUUCACCAAGUUUCCAUCGUCUUUUUCCUAACCGUGCAAUUGAAUGUCACCUCUUAUCUGUUCCUUUUGUUUUCCCAUUCCUUUCUCUAGAAUUUAACUUUCUCGGGAAAGUUAGGGUUUUCAACAAAGACGGAUAAAGAGAAGGAGCAAUCAUGAGCUUUCAAGAUCUGGAAGCUGGACGAUCAUAUGCGUCGAGGCAAAACCUGAUCAAUGGAAAUCAAGACGCCUCGCAAGCUGUGGCUUCUGGCAUUUUUCAAAUCAACACCGCCGUCUCCACCUUCCAGCGACUCGUCAAUACCCUUGGCACUCCAAAGGACACGCCUGAGCUCCGAGAAAAGCUGCAUAAAACAAGACUACAUAUUGGGCAAUUAGUGAAGGACACUUCAUCUAAACUGAAACAAGCUAGUGAAACAGAUCAUAAUGCUGAAGUUAGUGCAAGCAAGAAGAUAACAGAUGCCAAACUCGCAAAGGAUUUUCAAGCUGUUUUGAAAGAGUUUCAAAAGUCUCAGCGGCUUGCAGCUGAAAGAGAGACAUCUUAUUCUCCUUUUGUUUCCCAGGCAGCUCUUCCUUCAAGCUAUACGGCGGGUGAGUUGGAUAUAGGUUCAGAUACCGAACAGCGAGCCCUUGUGGAAUCAAGAAGACAAGAGGUCUUGUUGUUGGAUAAUGAGAUUGCAUUUAACGAGGCUAUCAUUGACGAAAGAGAACAAGGACUUCAAGAAAUUCAGCAGCAAAUUGGUGAGGUGAACGAGAUCUUCAAAGAUCUUGCUGUGCUAGUUCAUGAGCAAGGAACUAUGAUUGAUGACAUUGGAACCCAUAUCGAAAAUUCUCAGGCUGCCACUUCGCAGGCAAAUUCCCAUCUUGUGAAAGCUGCAAAGAGUCAGAGAUCAAAUUCUUCUCUGGCCUGCUUGCUCCUGGUGAUAUUCGGAAUUGUGCUUCUGAUUGUGAUCAUCGUACUGGCAGCCUAGAAAGUCGUCCAAUAUGAUGAUGGGACAAUAUAAAGAUGGUGGGUCCCUGCAGCCUGCAAGAAUGUGGUGUUUUGAGUAAAGUAAUUGAUAUGUGGUUUGUUGGGUGGCAGGACAUGAUGGGGGAAUAGUAUCAAGUAUAUAUAGCAUGUGAUUAUGGGCAAAAUCCUUUUGGUUGGAGUGCGUAUUUUGUUUCUUUAUGUUUGGUUAUUGUUGAGGAUGCUUUUGCGUUGUAAUAAGAAUUCUUUGUUUUUCUUUA